GUGUCUCAGUGUUUAGUUUUAAAACGAACUUCCUUAUUCGCCUGGUCGUAGCUUUACUUACAGGGCGGUGAAUACCUGUGAGUGUGGUGAACUUAUUCCCUUCGUCCUUGUUUUUACUUAGAGGGCGGCGAGUAGAGCUGAAAUCUCAACGUUAAUAGGAAAAACAAACUCAAAAUGUCAGAACAACUACAUGUACACAAGGGUGGCGAUCAAGAUCAGUUUAUGACAACAGACGACGUUGAAAACGGUUGUCCCCAAUAUUACCACGCCUUUGUAUGUUACAACCCGGAUGGCGCCGACCUGCGGUUUGUAAAAGAUCUGGUUAACAAAUUAGAAAGUGAGCCAUAUAAUUUAAAAUUAUGUGUACCUGGUCGAAACGACUUACCUGGUGGUCCAACUCAUACCAUUAGUGCAAGUCUUAUAAAAGAUAGAUGCAGAAAAAUGUUGAUAAUUAUGUCACCACGAUAUCUACAGAGCGAGAUCUGUGAAUUCCAGACAAACUUUGCUGCCAGUUUGUCCCUACGUGCUCGAAGUAUGCGUCUUGUACCAUGUCUUAUAGAAGACUGCCAGAUUCCCAACGUUUUAAUACCUAUAGGCAUGUGUGAUUACACAAGAACGAAUAUACUGGACUGGACAUGGGAUAGACUUGUAUUUUCUUUAAUGGGAUCUCUUGAUUCAACAGAGUGGGAAAGAUCGCGAUCUGAACCCUCUUUACGGCUAUUACCGACUUUUAACCAAAUCAAUAAUAGUUAGCAGCUCCUUCAACUCCAAAAUCAAAUAGUUCAUCCUCAAGCUUCUCCAUAGUUUCCAAAAGUCUUCCCAGCAGCAGUUCAUCUUCAAGUAGCAGCUUCCCCACCUACAGCUUCCAGGAGUCUUUCCAACAACAGUUCAUCCUCAAGUAGCAUUUUCCCCACGGCUUCCAGGAGUCUUUCCAGCAGCAUUUAGGGUGUAACUUCAACUAUUCAUUAACCACUGAUCCGAUUGUAAUAUGCCUAGCGCUUCUACGAGACACAAGUUUUUAAUUCAUUUUCCUCAUCUCCCGGGAGUCUUCCCAAUGACUGAUUGGGUGCUCCUAAAUCCCUCUUGUGUAACUUCACCAGUGAUCCAACUGUAGUAUAACUAGGGACUUCCACUAGGCGCAAGUUUGUAAAUAAUGUUCCAUGUACUUUUAUAAACUAUAUAUGUUGCCAAUUUUAUCUCUAAUAGUAAUGACUGUCCAAAAUGGCAUUAUGGCCUUCUUUUCUUACACGGGAAGCGGGUAAGAUUAGAUAGUAGGUAAGACCGAGAUAUCGGCGAUACAAUAACACUGUUAUGAUAAUAAACGAAGUCUCGAUUAUCCAUUUUUACGGUAAAUCAUCAACAGUUAAACAUAUUUAAAUUUACCUAAUAUCCGAGUCAUCCAAUGGCAUCGAGAGUUGAUUAUGGUCUAGGUAAGUCAAUAAAUGUCUAAUCAACAAGCCAACAGUGAGGCCGGUGUACCUCCGCCGAAAUCACAAAAUAAAUAGAUGGCACAGGUUAAUUAAUUUCACGUUUACCUUUUUCAAAAGUAUGGAGCAAUCAAACUGAUUAUCUAUACUAAGUCUAAGCACAAAAUGUUCACGAUCAAACUCGAUAAGUUUAUUUAACUACCUGAUAGUGAAAAUUUAAAACCAAGUUUGAAUCAAGGUUAUCUUGUCCCAAGGCAUCGAACGAUGAUAUUGCUUAGCUCUGCUUAGCUUUAGUGGGAAAUGUUAAUCAUUGAACUCAGUCAAGACAUUUACCUAAUGGACUAGGCAGGAAAUUCUCAUCACCCAACUUAGUCAUGGUAUUGAUAUAAUGAAUACAUACUCGGAGUUUCAUUGCUCUCUCCCAAUAAGAACCCUAGUUAUCGUGUUCCAUGGUCUCAACCAAUCAAACUGCUUAUCUCUGCUUAGCCUACAUAAGUACUAAUGUGGAUUAAACCAUAAGAAAUCUGAUAUUUUCCGAGAAAUGUAAAUCAUGUAUAGUUACUUUAAGCCCCAACAUUUUAACAUUUUAAGUUUGUAAUUAAUUGCCUUUGUACAUUUUAACAUACGUGGUUUAAUAAAUAAAAUAUUAAAAUUAAUUUCAUUCACUCUCUACCGACUCAAUAGAAUAUCUUUAAACACAAGAUACUGUUUGGGAUAAGUUUUUAAUUAAUUAAUUGCUUUUGUACAUUUUAACAUUUUAACAUAUAUGGUGGUAUAGUAAAUAAAAUAU